AUGAUUCUUAACGAGAAGGGAGGGAGUCAGAGGCUGUCACAAAGCCCUGGGUGCUUCUCUGGAGUUCGCAGGGAAACGGGACCCUGGGCGAGCAGCUCGGGGGUCCUAGGAAGUGAUCUGGGGAGGGGAGGGCGAGAAGGCGAGGCGGUCAGUUACACAAGCAUCCCACGUGACGCCCCCGGGCCCCAAAGGUACCUGUUUGCCAUGGCAAUGGGAGGGGCCGGGGGACGCGUGUGGUGUGGAGGGCUGGUUCGGUCCCUGCCACGGGGGUGGGAGGAGAGGUGCUGUGGCGUUUUGAGCCUUGCAAAGAUUUGGAAUAGAGAGCUCAGAGACACGGGGAGCCCGCCUGCCAGGCACAGGGACCCCGGUCCUCGGCUCCACAGCCCGAGCUUAUGUGUGGCAGCCCCAGGUUUGCUCCAGCUUUUCACAAGCAGAAUUAUAACACAAGAGAAACAACUCAUGUCCCUUAGGGAAAAAAGAGGAUCAAUUCACACUCGAUAUAUAAUACAGCCGAAACGAGCUGCCAAAACAAGCACACACACACACACACACACACACACACACACACACACACACACAAAUACUGUGAACAGAAAAAUACAGGAAAUGACUAAGCUCGGAGCCUUGAAGGGGCACAGACGCUGUUCAAAGCACUUAGUCCCCAGAAAAACUAAACCAAAAAGACAGUUUUGUUUUUUUAAAAUUCAAAAUCUUGUGGACCCCCCUGGGAAUCUGGUGUCGCUCACAGGGACAGGGGGGUGGGAGAGAGAAGAGAACCAGCGUUCCCUUUCUGCCUGCAGUGGCCCGAGCCCUCCCAGCGGCACACAGGGUGGCCGGCAGAGGCCCGGGCCCGCACUGGCAGGCUCCUAA